AUGUUUAAAUCAACGAUAUUAGUUCUCGCAAUUGCAUGUGCCAACGGUCUGUACUUGUUUGAAGAUGGCAGUGGACCGUACCGGGUGCGUCGUCAAGCACGUGGAAGCGUUAGUACUAACCCAGAUGGGACAUCCAAUGUUGCUAUGAAAGUCCCCCUGGCUGGAAACGAUAAGAACAUGCUGAGUGCCGUCGGAAGUAUCGGUGCGGCUUCCGGAAAGGGGGAUUUUAAGGCGGCAGGCGGCGGUUUGGCUUGGGAUAACGUCAAUGGCCACGGUGCGACUUUGACCGGACAGCGUAUUCCGGAGUUUGGCGAUCAGCUAACUGCUGCUGCCAAAGCAAACUUAUUCCACAACGACAAGCAUGACGUCACCGCUAGCGCUUUCGCGACGAGGACUUUCCCCAACAACCCAGUCAUUCCCAAUUUUGAUACCUACGGCGGCAAAGUCGGAUACACUUACGACAAUAAACUUGGAGCAUCUCUCGGUAUGGCGCAAACUGAUCUGUUCAAGAAGACUGACUAUUCGGCAAUGGGCAAUUUAAAUCUGUUCAGAAACCGUGACUCCUCGUUGGACCUUAACGCUGGAUUCAGCAAGUCCGUGUCGCCAUACAUACCCAGCAGCAGAUGGGAGCCCUCCGGUGGUAUUUCGUUUAGUAGGUUCUUU